AUGGCUGCUACUUAUGAUGUCGAAGCGGCGCGGGCCCAGUUCCCGGCUCUGCAGCAGGAACAGGUGUUUAUGGACAAUGCAGGUGGAAGUCAGGUCCUUGGAUCCGUCGUUGAUUCCAUUCGCUCGUAUUUGAUCAACACCAAUGUUCAGCUUGGCGCAACAUACAAGACCUCCCAAGCCUCUACGGCCGGAUUCUCAAACGGAUACAAGAGCGCUGCGAGUUUCAUCAACGCCCAGCCAGAAGAGAUCAACCUCGGCGUCUCAACCACCCAACUCCUCCACAAUCUCUCCACAGCGCUGAAAUUCCAGCCGGGCGACGAAGUCAUCGUCUCGAAACUCAACCACGAAGCCAACUCGGCACCAUGGGUCCGGAUUGCGGAGCACCUAGGGCUCAAGGUGAAAUUCUGGGCAUCGUCCAACCCGACCAACCCAACGUGUGAUGUGGGCGAGUUGAAGACCCUUCUUUCAGAUAAGACUAGACUGGUGGCUUGUCCCCAUGCGUCUAAUAUCACUGGUACCAUCAGUCCGAUCCGCGAGAUCGCCGAUGCAGUUCAUGUGCACCCACGCGCGCUUCUCUGCGUGGAUGGUGUUGCUCUGGCACCUCAUCGACAGGUUGAUGUUAAGGCUCUUGAUGUUGACUUUUAUGCAUUCUCGUGGUACAAGGUGUACGGCCCGCAUAUCGCCCAACUCUACGCCUCGUCACGAAUCCACGAGGAGAUCCAGUCGCUGGCACACUUCUUCAAACCAACGGAUAGCCUGGACCUGAAGCUCAACCUGGCAUCGGCCAACUACGAGCUUACGAAUAGUAUUCCGGCAGUGGUGGAGUACUUUGGGGCCACACCCGCCAAGACGUGGGAUGAGAUGGGUCAGCACGAGGAACGGCUGCAGGCGAUCCUGCUGGAGUUUCUGAACUCGGAUGCUCGGGUGCGGGUGAUUGGGGACCGGUCAGCGAGCAAGGAGGUUAGGGUGCCGGUGAUUAGUUUUACGGUGGAUGGGGUGGGGAGUCAGGCGUUGGUGGAGGCGGUGGAGGCCCGAUCGGCGUUUGGGUUCCGGAGUGGCCACAUGUACAGCCAUCGACUGUUGAAUGAGGUGUGUGGGUUGGCGGAUGUUGAGGAUGGGGUGGUGAGGGUCAGUUUUUUGCAUUAUAAUAGUGAGGCGGAGGUGCAGGGACUGGUUCGGGUGCUGCAGGAGGUGCUUGCAUAG